AACAUAUAUAAAACGACGCGUUUCCAUUAUUCCAGCAAACAAGGAAACUCACAGGAAAUCGCCCAUGAGGAUGCAGCAAUUCAAACACAGUACAGACAGUUGCAUUAAUAUGCACGAGACAGGGGACCCAUGCAUGCUUUCUCUCUCAGAAACUUCAUAGUACACACGCCAUCCUCUUUAUAAAUUCCUUCCAAAAAUCUUCAAUUUUAUAGCCAAACAAUUCCUAUACAUUUCUACUGAAUCUUGUUCAAGAAAAUGAUAAAGGCAGAAAGAAGAAGCGGUUUGAUCAUGUUUAAGCACUUAAUCAAAAGACUGCAAAAUCUACUUAAAAUCUUGCACUCCAGGUUGCCAGAUCUCAAUGCUGUUGAGUUUGAAGAAGAGGAAGACGGUGGGACAGUCCCGGACGACGUAAAGGAAGGGCAUUUCGCCAUCGUUGCUGGGAAGAACGAGGAACAAGAAGGACAGAGGUUUGUUGUGGAAUUAUGCCUUCUUAAGCAUCCUGCAUUUUUGAGGCUGCUGGAGUUGUCUGAAGAGGAAUAUGGAUUUGAACACAAGGGUGCUCUUUUACUUCCUUGUAGAGCUGAUGAAUUUCAAAAGAUUCUGCAGCAGAUAAUGUAAAAGAAUGCUCAUCUUUUAAUACUGUAAAGGAAUAUGGUUGAUUAGUAACUAAUUUGUUCUAGAGAAAUAGAGCAAAAAAGAGUCGGCAAAUGAUAUUUUUACAAAAUAUAAUGAAGUAAACAAUUUUUGCUAGUA